CCCGCGAAUGGUUGGGGUUCGUUAUCGAGAUCCACUGCAUGAGUCAGGUGUGUUACGGGUAUGCCUCAAUGAAAAUGGCGUAGCUCCAGUGCAGCAAUACUCCCAAAACCCCCGCAAAACCGCGAAGAAAACCCCAAAAACGUUAAAACCCCCGCAAAUCCAAGACUCAAAACCCUCCGCCCCAUCAGCCCCUCAACAGUUCCAAUCCAAAACAAAGUAACAGUGAGUGUCUAGUGUAAUGAUUGGUGCCUUGAGGAUUAUCUGACAGGGACGGGUGUACCCAGUAUGAUUCAAUAACACUCCAGCUCCAAACGUUAACCUCAAAGUGAAAUAAUGAUUAGUGAAUGUGUACCAUUGCUCGAUGUUUAACACUCGAGGUGACAAAUAAAGACAUCGAACGAUGUCGUUCACCAAGCGUCGAAAAUACGUCCUCGUGACAGCUUGACGGUUUUUACCAUAACACAAGAUGGCACCACCGGCUUUUUGACAUUUAACCACACAUACCCUAUCAGCUGGAUUAAAAAAACGUAACAACCACCACUCAGUUUAUUUUUUCUUUGUUUUUAUUUUAUCGGGAGUUAAAUUGAGGCAGCAGAGUGUAUUAUGAGCAGAGAAUUCUACGUACCUUGCACACCAUACGCAUAUCCGCAGUGCGGUGGCUCAACGGACGGCGUAGUGGUGAGCAACGACCCAGUGGGUAUGGACUGCAUGCCCCUCCGGCCAGGACCGUUUCACUACUUGAUAAGUGAGCAGGCAAAGUCCCUGGUAGCCCUCCAGGAGCUGCAGAAUGAGGUCGGUGCACUACUCGAGUUUCGGGACCUCGUUAUCGAGACAUUCCCAAACCUCAGGCACAAGAUGGCAGCGUCGGCGACGGCCUCGGUGUCCGGCUCCGUGAUGUCCUCCUCGAAUCAGUCCUCCCACAUACCAUUGCCAUUGUCAUCUCCAUCGUCCCGCAGGAUCGGCGAGUGGGAGCCGGGAAAGGUGAGGAGGAGGAUAGCACCCCGAGACGGUGACACAUCAGCAUCAUCAUUGCCAAGGAGUCGUAGUAAUUCGCACAGCGGUGGCAGUAAGAACAGCGCAACAGUCCAGGACUCGGGAUUCAGCACUGAAACGUCAUCCAAGGACAGUGCAUCGACGGCAAUACCCCGUCCAGCAUCACCAAAGCCAAUUCUCGACGAAGCUGAGGAUGAACUGUGGAAUCUGUUGGACGUAAUCCAUAGAAAAGGAAUAAGACUUCGAGAGGAGGUGGAAUCCCUGCAGGGACGACUUGAAAGUGUUGCACCCGAUGAAUUGGGUCUUUCUGAUGAUGUUUUGGAGGCUGUGAAAAAGGUGACUGACGCUGGAGAAAUAUCCAGGGACGAUCUCUACGAGAAUGAGCACGAGGUGACGCUCCUCAGACGAGAGAAAGAACAAUUGCUCGAUAAAGUUGCGGAAUUGGAAGCCGAGACGAUCUCCAGCAGAGCAAGGGCGCAAGAACUGCAGUUGGAACUUGCUGCUCUGUCUGCUAUCAAGAGUGGACUCGAGGACAGACUUCGUGCUGGUCUGGAAGGGGACUCGGAGAUUGUUGUUCCCUCGGUGCAGAGGAAACCCGUGGGGAUUGUGGCGUCUUCUCCGCUGGCCUCGCCCAAACAUUCGGUUAAUAUUAGGAGUAAGUCUUCUGCGUUUGCCUCGGUGGGCUCCAAGGCGCAUAAGAAUCGGUUUAGGACGAGGACCAUUGAGAAGAAUGUUCUUGCGAAUGGAGCUGUUCUGCCAGGGGGUGAGGACGUUGAUCCUGAGGCUGCGGCUCAGGCCAGGAGGAUCAGGCUGGGCGCCCUGGACUCGGUUCUGGUGUCCCCUACUAGAAUAGCUCAUGUUAAGAAUGUCGAUUCGGAGAAGAUUGCUGCGAUCCUCAGGGAACGGUCGCCUCUGGAGCUGCAGAGACAUCUUAUCACUACUACCGUCCAUAAUCAGUGCCUGCAAAACCGACUAGACGAAGUGAAGAAGAGUACUGAGACGCUGUCAGAUCGCCUGGACAAAGUCCGAGAGGAGAACGACGAGCUGCGCUACCAGCUGGAGGAGAGGAACAUCGAGUUGGAGGGUACCCGAGCCCGCGUGCGAGUCCUGGAGAAGCAGCAGCAGCGUCCCUCCACCGAGCCGCUGAACGACCCCGAGUCCUCGGAAGUGGAGCCCAGAUGCGAACAAAGCUGCCUAGAGCCAGGAAGCAGUACCGAGUCAGCUCGAGACCACCACCAGACCCUGGAAGUGAAGCCCUCCCCCAGACGACGUCCACCGAGUAGAAUCCCCUUACCCGGUAGCAAGCCAACAGCACCAAGACCCCCCACCAAAAGUGACAGUCGUGAAUCCCUAAAGACAUCCCUCAAAUCCUUAACAAAACCUCCGAGGGACUCUAGUCGUGAGAGUACCAAUGACAGAACAAAGUCAUCGCUCACAAAAAAUCGAGACUCAAGUCGUGAAUCACUGAGCAAGAGUCUCCCAAAGACUGGAAAGGACACGAGUAGAGAAUCCCUCAAUAAAUCAUUACCCAGGAUUAAUUCAAGUCGUGAUUCACUCAACAAAUCAUCACUCUCACGUGCCAGAGACUCACUAGAAACGAAUAAUCAUCAUUAUCAAGGGGUUAAUCAUAAUUAUCAGGGAAUUAAUCAUCAGGGAAUGAUUAUGAAAAGUGGUACUGUACCGAGAAGACCAGUUGCACCAGCAAGACGAUCACACAGUUUAGCAAGGGCCUCGGUUGACACUGACACUACCGGCAAGGCCCUCACCGAUCCCCCGACCUCCUGGUGUUCAUCAACCAGUUUCCGUCACAGUGAGUCAUCCCUCUAUCCAGACUCAUUGAAUCAAGAUACAUCCCUGAACGACUCAACGAGAAUCGAAUUCAUAAUUGGCUCACCAACGAGGAGAUUUCGUCCACCAUCAGCCUGGCAAAAUUCUUACUUCGAUAGCAUUGAUUCAUCAGCAAUGGCAGCUGAGAGCCUUUCCACCGGUGAAUUUCCACUGAGAGGCGGUGAGGCACUUGCCGAAUGCGAUUCGCUCGAUGACACCGCAGUGUUUAUGCACCUGCUGAAGGCCUCGAUCGGUAGCGGCAUACUUUUUCUCCCACAUGCAUUCAGAAAGACUGGCUACGCUACGGCCCUUAUAUGCGCGGUGGUUACAGGCCUGAUAAGCUGCCACACCGCAGUAAUCACAGUGCAGUGCACCCAGAACCUAUGCACAAGAUCACGAAAAUCAUCGCUGAGUUUCGCCGAAACAGCUCGUGUGUCAUUCGAGCAUGGCCCCAACUGCAUUCGAAAGUACUCAACAGCAUUCGGUGUAUUUGUUAAUGUACUCGUCUGCUUCGUCCAGUACCAGACGAGCGUUGUGUACACUCUGUACAUUGCCACCUCGAGCCAACAGAUUAUCGAGCACUUCACAGGAAUCAAUUUCGACGUUAGAGUGUACGUCGCGACGAUAUUUCCGAUUUUAUGUGGCCUUGCAAUGGUCCCAAACUUCAAGUAUUUAAUACCUGUUUCCGUCAUCGGGACUGUCUUGUUGUUCCUGGGGAUAAUCGGGUCUUUGAUUUAUUUCAUCGAAGAUUUUCCCGAAGUCGGGAGACUCGAGCCUUUCACCGGUAUCAAGGGAAUCCCAAUGUUCUCCAGCAUUUUUCUCUUCGCCAUUUACAAUAUGUCGAUUGUUUUACCACUGGAGAACACGAUGAAGAAUCCCAAGAGGAUGGGAAAGAUUCUGGCGACCAGUAUGAUAAUAAACAUGUUUAUUUAUGCGAUCUUCGGGUUUCUGGGGUACAACAAAUACGAAAAUUCUUGUGACACUGUCAUCAAGAAUUUACCUGUUGGGGAACGCACAGCGCAAAUCGUUAAAAUCAUGGUAACACUGUCAGUGGUAUGUACAUACGGCCUUCAAUAUUAUGUGCCAGUUACCAUUCUCUGGCCGAUAAUUGCGAGAAAAAUCGGAAGAAAUCAUCAGACCCAUGAGAUCAUUUUCCGUCUUCUCGGCGUUAUUCUUUCAUCCCUUCUGGCAGCAGCUGUACCACAAAUGACGUCAUUACUCGGUUUAUUUACAGCAGUAAGUAUGACAACCGUUAUGCUUCUGAUUCCUGCGGCAAUCGAAACAUCAACAAUGUGGAAUUACAACGAUAAUCGAAAGUCCUUCUGCUGUCUACUCAUCAAAGACGUAUUAAUUUUUAUCGUCUGGCUGCUAAUGCUCGUAUUUGGAGUGGCGCAGAAUCUGGAAGAAAUUAUUCAAAGCUAUGGAGUUGAUGAGGAGAAUAUUGCCUUUUGUUGAGAUCCUUCAGUUGUUGUCAUGAGAUUGAUUGUAGUUCUUAUUGUUAUUCGGUUUGGAUUGGGGGAAUGGGGAAGUUAAAUAGAAUAUGAUGCACUAAAAAAAGCUUUGU